AAUUGUCAUAAUAAAGCUAAUAUGGAUAACAAAAUUGUGAAGGAUCUUAAGCUUAACGAAUAUUUCAGAUCGAAAGAUAAAAGUGGAGUCUUGAUGAAAAGAUAUGUGAAACUUGAGAAAAGAAUGCAUGAAAUUGGAAACCAAGUUAGUGAGCAUGGAAUCUUGUUUAAAUCAUGAAAUUUCGUUAAUAUGGAUAUAUUAAAGAGCACAAUCGCAACUCAUAUGAAGGAUGUUGAGAGGAUGAUUGGUAACCAAUUUGCAGACUUUAGAAGCAGUAUUGGAGAGGAAAUAAAGUCUCUUGUAACUAAGCAUACAAUGGAAGAGAAAAUCAAAGUGGUACAAAAUGAUUAUGCUAGCAAAGUUGGGGAAAUAGAUGAGCAACUUCAAUGGAUGAAACAGUUUCUAGCUAGCAGAUUUGGUGACCAGUUUAAAAAGGGUGCUUCUGCAAACACUUCAGAGGAGAAAACUCUUGAAGAUAGAUUAAAUGAAUUACUUCAAAAAGUUGAAAAGAUGGAUAACCAGAUUUCUUCACCUAGUUUUAUUUCCCAAAACGGAAACAAUGCUUCAAAUAUCCAAAACCAGUCUAUCCUUAAUGAAGAAACAAUGAAAGAGCAUGACGAUUUGUUGAAAGAGCUUCAAAACAAGCUUGAAAUGGUCCAUAAAACUGUUAAUGAUGAUCUACUUCCGAAGCAAAGAACUUUGGAAGAGGAGAGCAAGAAUUUCAAUAAUAGUUUUUAUGUUGAUGAGAUAAAUGGAAUGAAUCAUACAUAUGAUAAGGACUUAAAGUCACCUUCGAAAAGAACAAAACAAUUAAACAAACAGAAUUAUGAUAGGAUUGGGAAGGAACUCAAGGAGUUUGAGUAUAUUGGUCUCAAGCCAUUGGAAGAAAGGAAGAAAACUUUUGCUAAGUAUAUCGACAGUGAGUUCACCAACUUUAAAGAGUUUGUGAAAAACAAAGUUGAACCCUUGAAAAAUCGGGUGUUAAAAAUUCAAAGUCAGAUCGAAUCUUUUAAGAAUCCGAUCUUACAGGAGCUGAUUAAGAUCAGAAGUCAAAAUGAAGCUUUACUCAAAGAUCUAGCCAGGCAAAAAUAAGAUCUAUAGAGAGAUGCUGGGAGAAUUUUAUAAGAUGAUAGCUGCUAAUGAACUCCAUGAACAGAAUUUAAGAACAAAGGAGCUUUUCUCUUCUAGUUUUGCAUUCAAAGAUUUUUCAAGUUCUCCCCAGAAAACUAUUAUUAGAAGAAAGAAUAAAGAAGGGUAUGAUGAUUGGGAUAUAAAUGCAAACACUCCAAAGACAUCAGCCUCUAAAGAUAGAGUAAAUCUAUCUAUAGGAAAUCCUGCUCGAGAAGAGAUUCGUCAUGAAAGACCGAGAACAAAGAGCUUGACUAAAAGUUUAUCUCCGCAAACGAAAAGAAUUCUAAACGCUACAAGAGGAGCUUCAAAUCAAGAUUUUUCACUUGUCGAUAACCUAGUAAAAGUUACAACUCCCUUGGAUAUCCCACUAAAGAAAGACCUAGCAACAUUUAACCAACCAAUGGUCUCCCAGAGAUUAAGUAAAAGGAAGCCGAUCAACAGGAAUCUUUUCCAUAGCGAUAAAAAUGUGCUGCCGAAGUUUAACCCAAAUAACUCUCGUUUUUAA